UCCCUCGCCAGACGCUCAAAAAUAUACCAGACUACGAAAACUUUGCUGGAUGUUUCAAGAGAAACAUUUCAGGACCAGAUUUUCAUUAAUUUCUGUACAUUAAGUACGCUCAUUAAAUCGUGUUUUAUCAGUUUUGUAAAGCGGACUUUUUGUGUCGAUAAAUUAGAACACUAUAAACAUUGUUUCUGAAGGAGCGGAGGCAAGGCAGCGACCUAAGCCUUUUUAUUAUUCAUCUAAUCUCCACAGUCACCUAUUUUCCAUUAAUUGGACUUCUGACAGAAAACUUGGGUGGUCAAAUAAAAUCACCCGCGAGCCACAUUCGGUCGCAGGCCAGCAGUUGGCGUAGGCCUGCUGUACCAUAACUUUUCACAACUGACUGGCUUUACAGUUUCAGUGCUUGUAGUAGGUGACAUGGAUCUCUCUCUGUUGGUGGCUUUCUGCGCCUGUGUUCCUCCUGCUUUGGGGUCAGGAUUUGGCAGGGAGAUGCCAGCAUUGACGAUGGAUGAAAAAGACUAUGAUGCUGCGUUUCACUAUGACUAUGAAUCUCUGAGGAUCGGUGGACUGAUCUUCGCUGUGGUACUGUUUGUCAUGGGCAUUGUCCUCAUCGUCAGCCGGAAAUGCCCAUGCAAAUCAAGUCCGAAGUCACGGCCUGCUGGAGUACCUGAGGCAGAGGCAGGGGCUGUGACAAGUCCCAAGUGAUGUGAAGUCUCGCCACCAGGCGGCAGCAUCGGACAGUAGAGUGCUACUAUGGCCGUCUCCCAGAGCACAAGGCUCCUUUUUUAAAUUCCAUCCUGCUGAUAUGUUCUCUUGACAUCUUUUUUUGCUUUUCUCUUUUUUUCUAUAUGAAUGAAUCUACAGCGACAGUAUUUUGAGGAUAUAAUUGGUUGAUGCAGUAGGGUUGUUUAAUUGUAGGCUAUAUAUUACACCUGUCAUACGUGAUAGACACACAUUAACAAGCGAUUUUUGUAAGUUAUAACUUGAGUAUGACUAUUUUAAAUUGUAAUUUUUCCACACUGAAAUAAAGUGAUGUACAUGGGUAA